CCCUCUUUUAUUUCUCAUCAACACUUCCUUUUCCUUCUAAAAAAAAUGGCAUUAGUUAGAGAGCGUAGACAACUCAACCUCCGUCUCCCUCUCCCUGAAAACUCCCAACGCCGCCCAUCUUUCCCUUUACCACUCCCACCACCUUCUCACUCCACCACCACCGCCGCAACAACCACCGCAACAACCGUCUCAACAAACUCUUCUGUUCAAUCAAUUUCACUCUCUGAUUUCACCAAACUAUCUGUUCUUGGUAGUGGAAACGGCGGAACUGUCUACAAAGUAGCUCACAAGCAAAACGGUACCGUUUAUGCUCUAAAGCUAGUCUCCUCUGACCCAAACCCAACUCACCUCCGUCAGCUCAGCCGCGAGAAGGAAAUCCUCCGACGUAUGAUCUCGUCGGAUUCUCCCUACAUCGUUCGAUGCCAUCGAGUUUUUGAAAAAUUAGAUGGAGACUUGGCAAUACUAAUGGAGUACAUGGAUGGUGGUACACUUGAUCAUACUCUUAAAAACCAAGGCACUUUUUCUGAACCAUUGCUUGCCAACGUGGCAACACAAAUAUUGAAUGGUUUAAAGUACCUUCACUCACAUAAGAUAGUUCACAGAGAUAUUAAACCCUCGAAUCUUCUAGUAAAUUCUAAUUGGGAAGUCAAGAUUUCUGACUUUGGUGUGGGGAGGAUCAUGGGUAGGACGCUGGAUCCUUGUAACUCAUACGUCGGCACGUGUGCUUAUAUGAGUCCCGAGAGGUUUGAUCCCGAUACCUACGGUGGGAAUUAUAAUGGAUACGCGGGUGAUAUUUGGAGUUUGGGCCUAACUUUAAUGGAAUUGUAUUUGGGUUAUUUUCCAUUUUUGUUACCCGGUGAAAGACCCGAUUGGGCUACUUUAAUGUGUGCGAUUUGUUUCGGGGACCCGCCCAGCUUACCCGAGGGUCGUGGGUCGGAGGAGUUUAGGAGCUUUGUUGGUUGUUGCCUACAAAAAGAAGCCACUAAACGGUGGUCCGCGGCUCAAUUAUUAUCUCAUCCAUUUAUUUGUAAAACUAGAUAAUAUUCGUAUUUUUAAUAAUUAUUUAUUAUAGUUUAAUCAAUCAAUUAAGUUAUGGUUUAUUUUUAAAUGAAUUGGCCCGACCCGAAUUAAUUAAGGUCAAUUUUAGAGAGUAGUUGAAUGAUAGUGUUGGGAUGUAAAUAAAGUAGAAUAGAUGGAAUAUACAAGUAGAUUAGUUAGCCUACUUGUUUCUUCUUCGAGGCCACUUGUUUCAUUAAUAUUAUUUGGAUCUAAAGUUGGUUCUCCUUUCUUUGUCAAAAAUGUUAACUACUCCA